GCGAAAGCAAUAUCUUGUUGCUUCUAAAGUGAAAUAUCACCAUCAUUUCGUCGUGCAAUGAAAAAUACUAGAUUUUAUGGAUUUCACACGAGAUCAAGCAUUAAUCAAUACCAGGUACUAUAUACCAUACUUAUUCUGGCUUCACCUUCAAUACAGCAGCGUGAUGUUAUCCCAUGUAUCCCUGAUGCAAUCAAAGGUGUGCUUAAUGAAGUCUGGACAGGGAUCAAUGGUCUAGGGGGAAUAAAUACAUUAAUUUCAGACAGCCGCUUUCCCGAUAGCCCAUCGAUGGUUAGAAUCGUUCAUACUUUUAACGUCCCACAAAAUGCAGAURAUAGAUAUGGUCAGCGUUUGCGUGCCUACAUGUUUGCACCAAAAAAUGGAAGCUACCAAUUGCAAGUUGCCUGUAAUUGGAAAUGCGAAGUUUAUCUGAGCAGUGACUAUGAUCCGGCUGGCAAGAAAAUGAUCUUUGAAACAGAAACCAAUUCCAUUAAAUAUUCUUCAUCAAUUCAAAUGACGACAAACAAGCCAUACUAUAUAGAAGCUCUUCAUUCAGAAUAUGUCGGAAACGAUUUCUUCGAAUUAAAAGUCAAAUUACCAGGGACCAAUAUAUUUGACUUUCUACCGAGUGACUACCUCAUUGCUUAUGCUCAAGGUAAUCAACUCACAAARGCCAACUUUCUUUUGCCUGGAAACUGGGCUCCCUGGUCGCCGUGCAGCACAUCUUGCGGUAUAGGUCACAUGGUACGACAUCGAUCCUGUGCUGCCAGACCUCCUGGGAUCUUAAUCUUUGCAAGACAAAAAAACGCGACUGCUGCUGUGAACGAAACUACGACGUGUGCUCAUAGGGUAUCGUGUUCUGGUGUCAAGUACUUUCUUACAAAAAGUUGGCAGUCAUGUGACCAAGUGUGUUCGACCAAUGAUCAUAUAUGUGCAAGAACAGGUCAUGAUUUUCCUUCGAAAAGUGCGUUGCCAAUUUACAAGGCACUCAACCUCACGUGCGUCUUAAAAAGCGGUCCUGAUACCAAGUACAAAUACCAAGACCACCCUGCCUUUUACUCUGUGAACUCUUCCUCUGUGGGGGAAUGUGUAGGAUAUGAAAAUACUCCAAAGGAGAUCAGUUGUGGUCAACAUGCCAACCCAGGAGCGAUUCGGAUUUGUCCCUGUAAGCUACGUCCAAAAUUUCUAAGACCUCCUAGAAACAUCAGUGCCUACAACACAAGCUCAACCGCAAUUGUAGUAAGCUGGAAUGGUAUCCCCUCUAUUGAAAUCACCGGUUAUCAAGUGACACUUAACGAUACCAAGACUCAAGAUUCUCGCUCCAUUAACUGUAACGCAAGUACGACGCUGAUGAUGAUUAGUGGGCUGGAGAAAUACAGGUUGUACUGUGUUCGCGUCCGAGUUUUGGUGCUCAGGAAUAGUGGCAUUGGGAAUUUUAGUGAUUGCCUUUAUGUAACAACAGAUGAAGAUGUGCCUGACAGACCUCCCCAAAAUCUCAAAGCAUCAGCCAAUACUUCAAGGUCAAUUAUUGUAUCCUGGGAUCCAGUGCCAUUAGGAAAUCGACACGGCAUUGUCAUUGGUUACAAGUUGUUUUACUUCUCUUUGAAUGCCAGCAGCGCAGAGAAAGUUCAUUACAACUUGACCGUGCCCAGCACUGACCGUUACACUCAACUAUCUGGACUUGAACCAGUAACUCUUUAUUGUGUUAAGGUACUCGCUUUCACCAGGAUCGGAAAUGGAAACAUUAGCAGUUGUGUUACAGUAUGGACUCGAAAACAAGUUAUCGAAGGUCAUUUCAGCCUGACAGUAAGAAGCUUUCUCAGCCCUUUCUUUGUCAAAGUUCGAUGGAAGUCGCAGGUGAAAAUCUUAAAAGACCUUGUGAGCUAUAAGGUGAUAACACGGUCGAUUCUAGGUGGAAAUGWAGAUCUUUUGAACAAAACAACGUCCAUAUUGCUCUUUGACAAGUAUGCUAAUGAAUACACCGUCGACGGAUUGCAACCGUUCAGCAAAAUCGAGAUACAGUUGGUUGCUAUGGGAAACUAUGGACCCUUGAAAUACAGUACGACUGUAAUUUCAGAAACUUGUCGAUGUCCAACGCAUUUUUUUGGUUCCUGGUGGAACAAGCCUCCAUACGCCUUCAAUUCAACAGAAGAUACAUCAUCACCUGAAGGACUGAUACCCCGAACAUUAUCAAAAAUGGUCAAGGCUAUUUGUGGAACGUGUGCCAUGAACACUAGUACCACAAUAGAUUUCAAGAGGAUCAAAUCUACCGUAGCCUCUGGGGUGAACAGCACUGAAAAUCAAUUCUUGGACCUGAAAAAUGUGGACUUCUUUUUUCCAAUUCACAAGUCAGAGUACCAGAACGAAAAAGUGUCUUCAACUAAUUAUGUAUCGUUGAUUAGAGUACCGGGUCUAGUUUUAGUGACCAAAAGAAAAUCUCCCGCCACCUAUGCCCGUGCAUUAGCCCGGUCGGUCUUCCAUUGUUGGCCACUUUUUGCUGUCAACAUUGUCAUGGCGUUUUUGGCAGGGAUAGUCACUUGGUUGCUGGAAUCCUCUAACAAUCAACUUCAUUUCCCUCUGCCCUUCUUCAAGGGAAUCCAAGAAGCGUUUUGGUGGUCUUUUGUUACUAUGACAACUGUUGGAUAUGGUGAUCGAGUUCCGAAAUCCAUCCCAGCUCGUCUGUUUGCAGUCGUAUGGUCACUGAUGGGCAUAAUAUUAAGCUCCUUAUUGACCAGUGCGUUGACGUCAUCAUUAAUCGUUACUGUAGUCACGGAGAAUCUCCAUGCAGAAUCUGGAAAAAAAAUUGCGGCUGUAGCAGACACAGUGGAAUAUCUUCUUGUGCAGCAAAUGACAGGCAAAUCAGGGAACGCUGUUAGCUUCACAAACCUGGAACCAUUAUUCAGUGCUCUAGAAAACGGUCAAAUCGAAGCAGCAAUGGUCGACAUUCACACAGCAUUCUUCUAUAAAAGCCUCUUUUUCAAGUCGAAAUUCAAGAUUAGCAAGGUCAUCCAGCAUGAUUUCACGUACGGAGUUUUGAUUGGAGGAGAGGCGUCCAGACUGAUAGAUCUUUUUAGACAGCAGAUUGACAUGGAAAAUACGAAUACCAUAGACUACCUAAGAGAGAUGGAAAGAGCUCAAGACAACGAAUUCAAGGGAAGUCUGCCAAUUUUUACAGAAAACGCAACUAUCGACUUCUUGGAUCCCACAAAUGACCUCUUCUACCUUGUAUUGUUGCUGUUGCUAAGCCUACUUGCUUUGGGAUUAACAUGUGGUCUUUUGUACCAUGUGAUACGAAUGAAGAUAAGAUCACGUGUCAAGCCAGAAAACGCUAUGCUGAGUUGUUACAAGUCAACAGCUGAAGAAAUGAGAAUGGUGCUGCACCAGUUUCUUCAGGACAUUCAGAAAACUUACAAAAACUUAAAACUGAGACACAAAAAAGAGCUAAGAAAUUUGUUAUCAGUCAAAAAAUGCAAAAAUUCAGUUAACAGCUAGAUAGAUCCAUCGAUCCAAUUUGGCCUGGGCAUAACGUUUUUAGAUUUCAGACCAUCUGUUAUUCCCCGCCUAGCUUAUAUCAUUUUUGUUUGGACACCUUUAACUCAAGCAAAUGAUCUGUAGCUUAUAUCCUUAAGGGGAUUUCGAUAGGAAAACCAAAUACGCUCAAGCUAAAAUUGCGGAUUUCAUUAGAUAUCAUUAAUAUAAUGUCUGCACUGUGGACAUUUACAAUAAACUAUAGUGACUAUAUAGUCAAAACGUAGAUAGUGCAAUAAAUAUGGGUUUCAAUGAGGAUGGGCACCAUCGACUAGUGCAGUUACCUCUCUCCUAACAGACACCUAAAUAAUACUCCAUAUAAAACAACAUUUGCUGAUCCCGCCAAAAACCCGCGCUAUCUGUGGACUCAAAUUAAUAGGUAAAAUCUUUGAAUACAUCCUAGCACUUUAUUGGUAAUUUUCGCAGUGAAAUCUAAAAAUAAUAUUUUUGCCAACUACUGCAAAA